AUGUCCGCCUCCGACGACGAGCAGCACAACGCUACCUUCGAGACCGCCGAUGCCGGUUCCUCGCUCACCUUCCCUAUGCAGUGCUCUGCUCUGCGUAAGAACGGUCACGUCGUCAUCAAGGGCCGCCCCUGCAAGAUCGUCGACAUGUCCACCUCCAAGACCGGUAAGCACGGUCACGCCAAGGUCCACCUUGUCGCCGUCGACAUCUUCACUACCAAGAAGCUCGAAGACAUUUCGCCCUCGACCCACAACAUGGACGUCCCCCACGUCAAGAGGGAGGAGUACCAGCUCGUCAACAUUGACGACGGUUUCCUCAACCUCAUGACCAACGACGGUGACACCAAGGACGACGUCCGUGUCCCCGACGGCGAGCUCGGUGAGCAGAUCCAGGCCGCCUUCGACGACGGCAAGGACCUCAUGAUCACCGUCGUCUCCGCCAUGGGCGAGGAACACUGUCUCUCGUUCAAGGACGCUCCCCAGGGCAAGUAA